AAAAGAGGUAACAGAAAACUUGACCGAAGAAGGUAUAUAUAAAAACCAAAAAGGGGCGUGUGGGCAUCACCAAAGAUGCAACACCUUUAAGAGAGAGAAAGCUUGAACGAAAAUGGCGGAACAAUUCUUUCUCUGAACAAUUCAUCAAUACUUUUAUUUUUUCUAACUGACGACCGAUUCUGCAUCAAUACAAUCAGAUUCAUUCAGUUUUCGUGAUUCAGAUCAGGUUUAUUUCGUUACAAAAUCUGUUGUGGAGUGGAAAAUUUGUCAGUGAUUUAUUAUGUGUUUCUGAGGUAUUGGUUUGUGGUUGGUGAUGAAUUCGUUGGGGUGAGGGAAAUUGAUGGAUUCUGCUAGGAGUUGGCUACACAAGUUCCAACCGAGAGAUCGAUUGAGGCCGAAUACCAGGAGGGAUUCAAUGGAAGGCACUGAAGAUGACUUGAUUUCGGAAGAAGAGGCGUCGAAUAUGACAAAGCAAAAGGUUGCUGCUGCUAAAAAGUAUAUUGAGAACCAUUACAAGGAGCAGAUGAAGAAUUUGCAAGAGAGGAGAGAAAGGCGUAUUUUACUCGAGAAGAAAUUGGCUGAUGCUGACGUGUCAGAGGAAGAUCAAAACAACUUAAUUAAAUUUCUAGAGAAAAAAGAAACCGAAUAUAUGCGCCUUCAAAGGCACAAAAUGGGAGUUGAUGAUUUUGAGCUACUCACCAUGAUAGGAAAGGGUGCUUUUGGUGAGGUGAGAAUCUGCAGGGAAAAAACAACAGGCAAUGUAUAUGCCAUGAAAAAGCUUAAGAAAUCAGAAAUGCUUCGCAGAGGCCAGGUUGAACAUGUGAGAGCCGAAAGGAAUCUGCUUGCUGAGGUGGACAGUAAUUGCAUUGUUAAACUGUAUUGUUCUUUCCAAGAUGACGAAUUUCUAUAUCUCAUCAUGGAAUAUCUACCUGGGGGUGACAUGAUGACGUUGCUUAUGCGAAAAGAUACGUUAAACGAAGAUGAAGCUAGAUUUUACGUUGCCGAAACAGUUUUAGCCAUUGAAUCCAUCCACAAACAUAAUUAUGUACAUAGAGACAUCAAGCCAGAUAAUUUGUUACUUGAUAAAUUCGGUCAUUUGAGAUUAUCAGAUUUUGGACUGUGUAAACCGUUAGAUUGCAGUACUCUUGAAGAAACUGAUUUUUCAACUGGGGAUAAUGCUAGUGGAAGCUCAACAGGCGAAAGACGAACACAACAAGAACAACUGCAACACUGGCAGAAAAAUAGGAGGACACUCGCUUAUUCUACUGUCGGAACUCCUGAUUAUAUAGCUCCAGAGGUUCUGCUGAAAAAGGGUUAUGCACUGGAAUGUGAUUGGUGGUCUCUUGGUGCUAUUAUGUUUGAAAUGCUUGUGGGCUAUCCACCUUUCUACUCUGAUGAUCCAAUGUCAACUUGUAGGAAGAUAGUAAACUGGAAGAUGCAUUUAAAGUUCCCCGAAGAAGCAAGGCUUUCGUUAGAGGCAAAAGAUCUAAUUAGCAAACUGCUUUGUAAUGUCAACCAACGGCUAGGAUCGAAAGGCGCAGAUGAAAUAAAGGCUCAUAUUUGGUUUAGAGGCAUCGAUUGGGAUAGGAUUUAUCAGAUGGAAGCCGCAUUCAUUCCUGAAGUUAACGAUGAAUUGGAUACUCAAAACUUUGAAAAGUUCGAAGAGUCGGAACACCAAAGUCAUAGCUCAUCAAGAUCUGGACCAUGGAGAAGGAUGCUUUCAUCCAAAGAUAUCAACUUUGUUGGUUACACAUACAAGAACUUUGAGAUUGUUAAUGACUAUCAAGUCCCGGGAAUGGCUGAACUCAAAAAGAAAAGUAACAAACCAAAGAGACCAACUAUCAAGUCUCUAUUCGAGGAAGGACCAGAAACCGACACAGAGACAUCAGAGCCGCCAGCUAACGGGUCGUUUUCGAAUCGUUUGCCACCAAAAGUAUAAGAUUUUGAAAAGAGGAAGUAGAAUGAAUCACAAUAAGUCGUUUCGGGUACUUUUUAAAGACAAGUUUAUUUGGGCAAGUAUCGUAAUGAAGACACAAAUCUCAACUGAUCAAACCAGCAUCGAAACUGUGAGGGUUUUUUUUUUUUUUUUUUUUUUUUUUAGUUUAAGUCGAUGUCAUAAUCUUUAUAGUUUACUUCACAUGUUCCUUUAUGAAAGGACAUUUUGUUGUUAAGGAUGGUAACAAGUGGUCAUGAAGAUGAAAUACAGUGAUAUUAAUGGUGUUUAAAAACAA